AACUAGACUCAACGACGAGGGAGUCGACUGAGCAGGCAGGGGAGAUAGGAUCCAGAGGCAGACGGGGAAAGAAAGGUUGUCGUUGUGGACUCUUUCGCAGUUGGGGAGCUAUCGAGCUGGUCAGGUAGAGACGUGGAAAGAAUGGUGAUGGCGUCUUGGUCUUGGGUCUGCUAGAUGCAUGCCUACCGCCUUAUCACAAAGCUAGCUUACCUGGUCAUACGAAUUUGUAGUCGGUUCUGAUCUAAUUGCAAGUGCAUCUAGUAACUUGGAUUUUUUCGCAAAAAAAUAUUAGGUGUUCACGCCCGGCCCCUGCGCUUGCAGCUACUAAAGAGACAGGAGCAAAGAGUUAACAGGAGAUGAAUGCCCCUGACCAUUAUGAGCAUUUCGUCGUGCCAGAGGGCACCAAGAAAGUGUCCUAUGAGAGGGAUACAAAGAUUGUGAAUGCUGCAUCAUUCACUGACGAACGCGAGGAUCACACUGUAGGCAAUAUCCUCCGCAUGCAGUUGCACAGAGACCCAAAUGUUCUCUUUGCCGGGUAUAAGCUCCCUCACCCACUCCAGUACAAGAUCAUUGUUAGGAUCCACACAAUGAGCCAGUCCUCCCUGACGCAGGCCUACACCCAGGCUAUCAAUGAUCUAGACAAAGAGCUUGAGUACCUUAAGCAAGCUUUUGAGGAUGAGAAGAACAGGUACAAGGACAGGAUGAAGCAGGGGUUCUAGAUGAAUGGAAUGGUGUGGGAGAUAAACUUCCCGUGUUAGUUUUAUCCUAGGCGAGUCAACAAUGAAACGAACGCCCAAGGAUUGUGGAUGUCUGAUCCCUGAACUGAGGUUGCUUGCUGUCGUUUUACCGUCAUGCUUGUGUCAAUAUCGUAUUAUUGCAAACACACCAAUGGAGUUUUACAUUGACAUCCUCAGAUUGUCCGCAACUAGAUAAUUACAUGCAUGCCUGUCUUCAACAUAAAAUAUAUAACGGUCCAUUUCGACCCUUUUGUCUGGACUGAAAUAGGUUCUACUCCAUGAACUUAGCAAUUUAGCUAUGGGUCGUAUGGAUCUAUUUAUUUUGAAGGAAUUAAAAUUUACUUAAUAA